CGAAUAUGAUCCUCAAUAAUUUGGUUCUGUUGUAUGUAUUGUAGCUGGCCUUCUGAAUCUGAUCCAAUACCAUUGCUCCGCGCGUGCUGCAACCGUACGAUCUAUUCUCUCCCAUUCAACCUUCCUUCAUAUUCAACCAUAACACCUCAAAACCCUAACCCUAACCCUAAUCCCAAUCAUGGUAACCGAUUCCCACGACUCUCGUCGCAAGCAUCGCCGAUCCUCCUCUCCGGAAGACGCCGAUAGAUCCUCGAAGCGCCACAAGCACCGCCACCAUAGCCACCGCCAUCGCCACUCCACCAAGAAACGCGAUGAAGACACCGAAUACGAUCGCGGAACUCUUGCUAGGAUUCCUUCUCCAGCUCCUGUUUCUAACUCUGCUCCGUAUAGCUCUCUCCCUGACGACGACGUCGAGGAGGGAGAGAUUCUCGAAGAAGGUGAGAUUGGAAAAAAGCAGACAGAAUCUGAUGCAGAGCCUGGUGAAAUUGAGCUGUCAGGAAAUCGAGAUUCUCGAUCCGAUAACAAAAUUCCGGGACCUGUCACAAAAAAUUCAAAAACUGGAAAGGAGGACAGAAGUCAUGGUAAAUAUGUUAGUCCUGCAUUGGAUACUGCAGACAAGCACCCUGGACUUCAUGAUGACUAUGGUUCUCCUAACCAGUCAAGCCCUGAGCUGAAAGGUGGAAAGAAUGCUAGAGAUACUAAAGAUGGUUUGGGUAAUGGGUAUUUGAACCCUAAAUCAUCCAAAGAAGAUAAGAAGCAGAAUGAGGGCCCUGGACAAUUGAGAGGAAAUGAGAAACUAAAAGGUGACUAUGAAGAGAAAGAGAUACAGGCAAAUGGAAUAAAACAUAAUUACCAUACAAAUUCAUCAUCUGAUAGUGAAGGUGAAAAAUAUAGAAUGUUAAGAAGUUCUCCUUCUCAUGAUAGAUGUAGAAGUCGAUCAAGAUCAAGUGGUCAUCCUAGGGACAGAUCUCGUUCUCGUAGUAUAGCAGAUGAAUAUGCUCAUUCCAAGAAAAGGCACUCUAGGGAUCAAGGGUCCCUUCAUCAUAGUGGCAGAGAUAAGACUGACUAUGAGCAUGAUGAGGAAGGAAUGAGAGCACGUGGAAGGGAGCAUGGUCGUGGCAAUGCAGACUUGUUGGUAGAUGACAGGAGGGGACGUAGUUCCAGGUAUCGUAGUCGAGAGUCCCAGGAUCGCAGUAGGGACAGUCAUGUGGAUAGGGAUUUAUACAGGGAAAAGAAACGAGACGAAGCAAGCAGGAAUAGGGAGGUUGAUUGGGUGCGUAAAACAGAAAAGGAACGUGAAAGGAGCUAUGAGAGGGAUAGAAGGGACAGAUUUGAGAGGGAUAGAAGAAGGGGAAAGGAAAGGGACAGGAGUAGGGAUAAUACAAGGGGUGGUGAGAGAGGAAGAGAUUGGGAUAGUGAAAGGGAUGAUAAGAAUCGGGAAAGAGAUCACAUUAAGGAGAGGGAGAGGCGAGAUGAUAGAUAUAGGCACACUGAUAAAGACACCGCAUAUAAUAAGGAUAAGCAUUUGCGUCAUGAGGAUGGUGAAGACAUUCGAGACAGAUAUAGAAAACAUUCAAGACACGAAGAAACUGAAUAUCAUCGGGAGAGAAACAGGAAUUCUGAUUCUGUAAAAUUUUAUAAUUCUGCAAGAAGUGCCAUGGAAGAGAAUGAAAGCAAGCUAGAAAGAGGUGAGGCUGAACAAGAUUACUUAGAUGAGGAUACUCUGCAAUUACCAGAGCAAGAAGAGGAAGAUCUGAAUAGGAUUAAGGAGGAAAGUAGACGGAGAAGGGAAGCAAUAAUGGAGAAAUACAAGAAGCAGCAUCAGCAAGCAGAACAGGCAGCUGAAAAUGAAGGAAAAGACAAGGAAUCCGUGGACAUUCCUACUGAUGUUCCUGAAGCACAUGAUGGCAAGAAUGAUGGUAUUGAUGAUGUAGAAACAUCAUUUGCUGUUGGGAAAUCUACUCCUGAAAAUUUGAAUGGUGCUUCUAAGAAGAUAUCUGGUGCUGGUGGCCUGGGUGAGGGUACUCCUAAGAGUGAAAGAUCAGACGACAUGUUUUGUGAUGAUAUAUUUGGUGAGACACCAACUGGAGUUCGGAAAUCAGGAAAAGGGGAUGGUAUACUGAUUGAGAGGGUUGGCCUACAUGACAAUUGGGAUGACGCAGAGGGGUAUUACAGCUAUCGUUUUGGUGAAAUACUUGAUGGCCGAUACGAAGUCACUGCUGCACAUGGGAGGGGUGUUUUUUCAACAGUGGUUCGGGCAAAGAAUCUCAAGACUGGUAAUGGUGAGCCAGAUGAAGUUGCUAUAAAAAUCAUUCGUAAUAAUGACACCAUGUACAAGGCUGGUAUGGAUGAGUUGGUCAUACUGAAGAAAUUAGUAGGUGCAGAUCCAGAUGAUAAGCGUCAUUGUGUUCGUUUCCUUUCAAGUUUUAAGUACAGGAAUCACCUUUGUUUAGUUUUUGAAUCUCUUAAUAUGAAUCUGCGUGAAGUAUUAAAGAAGUUUGGUCGCAAUAUUGGCCUUAGGCUAACAGCUGUGAGAGCAUAUGCAAAGCAACUAUUUAUUGCCCUGAAGCAUCUUCGGAACUGUGGUGUUCUUCAUUGUGAUAUAAAGCCUGAUAAUAUGUUGGUGAACGAGGCUAAAAAUGUCUUGAAGCUUUGCGACUUUGGUAAUGCUAUGUUUGCUGGUAAGAAUGAAGUCACACCAUAUCUUGUCAGUCGGUUUUAUCGGGCCCCUGAAAUAAUUCUUGGCUUGCAAUAUGAUCAUCCGUUGGAUAUUUGGUCAGUAGGCUGUUGUUUGUAUGAGCUCUAUACAGGGAAAGUUCUUUUUCCAGGUCUUACAAACAAUGACAUGCUUAGGCUUCACAUGGAAUUAAAGGGUCCUUUUCCAAAGAAGAUGCUGCGUAAGGGAGCAUUCACUGACCAACAUUUUGAUCAGGACCUGACUUUUCUUGCUACUGAAGAGGAUCCUGUGACAAAAAAGACGAUAAAGCGGAUGAUUCUCAACAUAAAACCAAAAGAUAUUGGAACAAUCAUCACAGGCUCUCCUGGAGAGGAUCCAAAGAUGUUAGCCAACUUCAAGGAUCUCAUGGAUAAAAUUUUUAUCUUGGACCCAGACAAGAGGUUGACGGUAUCACAAGCACUGAACCACCCGUUUAUCACUGGCAAGUGAACAGUGUGCUGCUUUUGACUCCCCGAAGUGAUGUUCACUGAUAUUUGUACAUAGUGAUCUGAUUUAAUUCACAUUGGGGUUCUAAUCAUUUGGCAUUAUUUAUCUGUUCCGUACUGACCAAGGAGUGUCAUCACGAAUAUUGGCUUUUUGAAGUGAAAAGAGUGAUAUCUGGUCAGGCGUACACUAUACUGGCGGUUCUUUCACUGGAAUGUACUGUUUCCUAUUGAGGCCUAUCAGUGGUCUGAGGCAUCCCUCCCGUGCCUAGAUGCUUAAAGGGAACCCAGGAGAAGGUACCUUGGUUUGUUUAUUGGGAGAUUAAUUUCACCUCUCUAGAAUAGAUUGUUAUUUCUAUUAUAAUUUAUUAUCAGCUUCAAUGGAAUAGCAUGAAUGAUUGUUUUGGUUCUGAGGAACAUCAAUGGUUUUAGUUGCCUAUAAGCACAUUGAAACAUGUGAUUUUAUUUCGUUUUGAAAAUAUAGGUAUGUUAAUGAGGGGAAGGGGAGUGGUUAGUGUUGCAUCUUCAUCCAUUAAAGUGAUGCAGGUUCCAUUAAACCAAAUGCCUAAAUACCACACCCUUUCACAUAAUUGUAAGACUCUUAAGUGACAGAAUAACUUCCUUUAUUUUCCGCCUCUUUGAUCUUCCAAGUUUCAGCCAUUAGCUACGCACAAUUUUAGUUCUUGAAUUUUACUCGAUCAUCUCUUUCAAUCUACUACCUUGUAUUCUUUUCUGAGAUUUUGUUAAAUGCAUAUCCUAAUGAAAUUGUCUUGCAUCUUAUCCAUGAUGGCUUAUCCAUGAUGGCUGCUCAUUUUGUUGGAGGAAUUUUCACUGGAGAUGUUUGGCUGUGUUCUUGAAGCAAAUUCAUAUAUCUGUGCUGUGUCUUGGUCCUUCAAUUUUGUAAGUAUAUUUAAGUCCAAUUCCUUUAUGAUCUAUGUCGGCAGUGAUGAGAUUGAUGGGUCUUCUGGUUUCCAGUUCCGUAUGAUGAAUACUCUCUAUCCUUGAUUCUCAUUUUGGAAGUUAAUAUUUCAUGUGCUUGCAAUUGCACUUAGGUUUGUUAAGGUGGAUGUUGGUGGUAUUUAAUAGCAUUUUCAGUAAAGUUUUUCUGUGGGUGUGUUGUUUGUUCUUGCUUAGUAUGGUGUUUUUGGGCUUGCCUUUUGCCUUUUCUCGUCUAUGCUGUCCUAAGCCCCUAACAAUAACUUCACGUCAGAUCAGUCUCAUUAUUUAAGUAUAAUUUGGAAAUAGGGAUUUCCUUUUUCUAUAUGGUAUGUUGUAAUCUUCGUUUUUUAAUGAUGUUUUUGUAAGGGGUAGAGUGAUGUCAUGUCUUAUAAUUAUUGUGAUGUUACAUGUUAUCUAUCAAGAACCUAUUUCAUCUCAAAUAUUUUGUAGGGACUAAGCUAAUGUCGUGUAUCCUU